UUCCUCCCACUCAUCUCUCCUCACUUCACGCGCGCUCUGUGCAAACAUCUGCCCUCCCUGAUGGUCUACAGGAGACUUCAGCUCUACAGCGCGCUCAAUCUCCUUACAUCAAACCUCGGAUCGGGAAGACAUGACCCUCCGUUAUAUCGCGCCGUUGGUCGUGGGACUGGUCGUCCUAACGUGCAAAACAUGGGCCGCAGUGGAUGUGAGCAUGGAAGACAGGGUGGAAGUAUAUUUAAAAAACCAGGCUGAGAUCCCCUGUAUAUACACUCUGCAGGAACCAGCCUUGAUGGUAGUCUGGUUUACGAAAUUACCAGGCAAGGACCAAAGCAGGAUGAGAAUCUACUACUAUGAUAAUUUGACUGAGAUCAUCGAAGAGGGCAGUGAAUAUACUGGGAGGAUCACAGUCAGUCACUCUUAUGACCCGAAGGAUGUUCGCGGAACCGCCAUUCUGACCAUCGACAAGGUGGAACUGAGUGACCAGAGGGAGUUCAUCUGCAUGGUGCACAAUGUGUUGAAAGAGAGUGGUGAAGGACACACUCGUCUCCAAGUAUUCAAGUCUCCAUCUAUGCCUGUGAUUGAUGGUACAUACACAGGGAUUUCUGUUAAUGAGGAGGGGCCAUCAAAGGUUGCAAACUGUAAAGUGGACGACGGGUAUCCUAGACCCAACAUCACAUGGUACAAGAACAGUUUCCCUCUCCAAUCUUCAGAUGGUGAGAUAAAGAUCUUGGAGUCAGUGACAAAUAAACCCAAUGGCCUGUUGGCACUUGAGAGUCAACUUUUCAUUACGGUCAAAAGGGAAGAUGAAGAUGCCGUUUUUUACUGCGAGGUCCAAUACUUUGUCCCUGGUGCAUCAAAAAUGGUGGAGUCCAAGCUAAUCAACAUAACAGUUCACUACCCUACAACAAAGUUAACACUGUCCAUAAAUUCACCCGAAAGGCUUAUAAAAGAAGGCGACACUGUGGAGAUCCAUUGUGAGGGAAAUGGAAAACCUCAGCCCAUUUUUACUUUCAUACAUAAAGGGGAGUAUUUGAGUGCAGAAAAUGAAAUACUGACUCUGCAAAACGUCAACCGAUUAAACAGCGGGACGUAUGAGUGCCAGUCACUUGACAGCAUAUCAUACACUGAAGCUGAGGGCUCCAUCAAUAUCACAGUACACUAUCUGGAUGAUAUUGUGGUGACACCAGAGGAGACAGUUCUGGACCAGGGAAAAGAUCUCACCUUAACCUGCAAUGCUUUGUCUUCUUCACCCACAAACACAACAUGGUAUAAGGAUAACGUGACGCUGGUAGAGGGGCAUGUUUUGGAGUUACACAAUGCCUCCUAUAACACCUCUGGGAUGUACAGGUGUGAAGUGAUGGUCCGUUACCUGACUGAGCUACGAAAACAGAAGUUUGUGCAAAUCAAUGUGCAAGGAAAGCCUGAGAUCACAAAGGGGAUAGAAGUGGGUCUGAUGAAUAAAGCUGACCGGUCUGUUAUGCUGACCUGCUCUGCACAAGGUUACCCACUCCCCAAUAUCAGCUGGAGCCUCUUUGACCAACGGACUAGCAUACCUGUCCCUGUGGCGAAAGUGGAGAACCAGAAUACGGACACUGGUGUUGUCAGCAUUAUCUCUGUGAAGGCCACGUCUGAACUCAAAGCCAACUGCAGAGCCUACAAUGAGUUUGGGGAAGUCGAUGCCUCUCACAUCAUCAAAGCAUUUGCACGUGUGACAACAACAACCCAAGCCACCAGCACUCAAGCAACAGGAUUUACUGUUACACCAAAACUGCCACAGAAAGGUGGCAGUGGAGUAGCCAUAGCGGUCAUCAUUAUCUGCCUGCUCCUCAUAGCCAUACUGGGCAGUGUGCUGUACUUCCUCUACAAGAAAGGAAAGCUGCCCUGUGGACGGUCGGGAAAGCAGGAUUUCACGAAGGAAAAGGCCAGUAAGGAUGAUAUUGUGAUGGAGAUGAAGAGCGGUAAAUCUGAAGAGGCAGUGCUUCUACAGGGAGUCAACGGAGACAAAAAGUCACCUACUGAAUAGGUCAUUACUUCUGAACAAAGAUUCACAUUACUAGUUCUUUUACAGCCCACUGAACUCAAAUCCAAUCUUAAACAAAACCCAAGAUUUGUAAGGCUGACACCGUCCCACGAAAACCUGAUGAUAUUUCCUUUCAAUUAGAGUCAAAGAUUGAAAACUACACGGACAUGCAGAGGCGCUUGCGGCCUCGUUCCUACAGCGCUCUGUCUCAGGGUCAAUCCCAACUUGAGUGCUCAAAGACCUUACAACUUGUCCACAUUUUCUCCUCUACUUGAAUUUCCACUUAAUUCUAACUUUUUUUCUGCCCAUGUUUUGUAUUAGACCUGCUAUAAUCCAAUUCAAUAUACAGCAAGACGAUCCAAAAAGCACCAAAAUCAUCAUGAAUGACCCCACUCCAGUAUUUACAAAGUGUACAUAUAUAUAUAUGAAAUACUGUAUAUAUUUAGCUAUUUAAAAUGCCUAAAACAACAUUUGAAAGAUUGUGCUUAAAUAUAAUUUUGAUAAUGCAAGUCCCAUUGUUGAGGGGCAUUUGACAAGUGCCGAGAGUCAUAUUUUUGCUGUGUGCUGUCAAUGUGUUUUGAACCUGCUCUCACCUCUGCCACACCAUAGUCCAUGCACUGAACCACUAAGAGCUGUCUUCACUACUGUAAACGUUCAUCUGCAUCAGCGCUGAAAAUGCCCAAUGAUAAAGCUUGAGGGCAAUUUCUGGACAAAUAGAUUUGUCAGGGAAAGUCUCUGACAUGUUUGACCUUUUUUUCCAAAUAUGUAAGCAAAAUGUUGGGUUCAUGUCAUGCUUCAGUUUUUAUUUUUAUUAGCUAUAUCAAAUUAAGUUCCUCAUGUUCACUGUGAGAGCUGAGUGAGUUACAUUUAUGCCAAAGUUUGAGCUAAAAAUGUCCCUCUGUCCUGAGAGAAAUGGAAGUUCCCUGUAGAGUUCAGCUGUAUUUUGUAUUUUUUUCUUUGCAGUGACCUGCUGUCUUCAUCUUGCACUGAAUGUAAAUAAUAAAACAAAUACAUGACCAACUUUCCAAUUUUUAAAUUGUAUAAGGAAUAUUAAAAUGCAUGUCUUCAUUCAUUGAGGGACGGUAGAAAAUUUUAUUUUUAUACCUUUUUUUAGUCAUUUUUUUCCCCAAUCCAUAUUUUGAAGGUUUUAUAGUUGUACCAAGGCAGGUAUCUUAAUCUAUGCAGUAUGUACCCUGUACUGUAACCAAAGCAGACCCACAGGCUCUGUACAACAGUCCUUAUUACUUUCAAGUUCAUGUGUUUCAUUUCCUCUGGUAUGUUACACCGUUUUUGUUUGUCAGUGGUAUUUUUGUUAAUGCUUGUUUUUGAAUUGUCCUUAAAUUCCUAUUAAAAAGGGCUGGUUUACUCAAGCCUCAAUUUUGUCA